AUGUCCCCUAUCGAACUCAACCACAUCGCUGAUCAGCUGCUUGUCGUUCUCAAAGACAUGCGCUCAUACACGAGCACGAUGAUCGGGUCCGUCACUGGUGGUCCGUACAAUAACCGGUUCAUGCCCUACCCCCGACAACCUCCACACGCAUUUUCGAGCAUCCAGGACUCCUUGCCCACAGAGGCAAAUGCCUACCUCACUCACGGCGACCUUCUCCCUCAGAAUAUUCUCGUCGAAGGCUCCACGAGCGCAGGGAUCAUCGACUGGGAGACCGCCGGCUACUAUCCCGAAUUCUGGGAAUAUUGCCGGAUGCACGACCCAGGGUUGAUGACGCCUGCAUGGGCUCACGAGUCCGCGUCUGUAUAUCAAAUCCUUCGUUAUCUCCGUUACAACGAUGUAUGCUUUGGGUAG